GAAAUAUACAUGCGUGAUAACAGUUUGGACUUUGAUACCCGUGCCCUUAAAUACACCCAUGACCGAAGUUUGGCAGAUAAAUACUAUUGCUUCACGUACAAGUUUCACUACUUUCUGUUUUAACUAUAAUAUAUGGAUUAAGCGAUAAAUUUCUAUUCAACGCAUUAACAAACCGGCUGUGGGCAGCUACGCAUGAAUACAUUGAACGAGGCCAUAGCCGCUACAGCCGCUGCCAACCCUUCCAAGAUGGCGCUCGGCGCCACCGCAACCGUCAGUGCCGCCGCCUUGGCGUACUAUCUGGCAACCAGACCUACACCUAUGAAGGCGCCGCUAGACAUGAACAAUCAGUCUAUCAUACUUCCGGACGGAUCUCGGACCAGCGUGUGGGCACCGGAUGGAGAGACGUUCGUGGAGUACAUGUACAAGGACGCGCGUACGACGCACGAGUGCUUCAAGCGGGGCAUGCGUAUUAGCAAAAACAAACCAUGCCUGGGAACACGGAACGGUCCAGGAAGAUCGUACACAUGGCUUACAUACCAGGAGGUGUUCGACAUGUCGAAGGCAUUCGGCUCGGGUUUGAUAAACGAGGGACUUAAGCCCGGGCCUGAGACUAUAGUGGGAAUAUACGCGACGAACCGAGUUGAGUGGACCGUGACCGAGCAAGCUUGCUGCAUGUUCUCCAUAGUCACGUGCGCGCUAUAUGACACCCUGGGACCAGACACGUGCGCGUACAUCAUCAACCAGACGGAAAUGCCUCUUGUCGUUUGCGAAAAUUCCCAGAAAGCGAAACUUUUGCUGGACCAAGCCGAUGCCCUUAAGUCGUUGAAAUGGCUUGUCGUUAUGGAUGAAAUUAGCGCGGAGGUGGCAACGUUAGCGAAUAAACAUGGGAAGAAAGUGGUUUCAUUUGAAAGUGUUCGGAAAUCCGGAGAGGAAAUGCCACAGGAGUUACAGCCCCCACAACCAGACGACCUGUGUUUGAUCUGCUACACCAGCGGGACCACCGGGGACCCCAAAGGCGCCAUGAUGACGCACAGGUCCAUGAUUGCCAACCUGUCGGCCAUCCUCUACUUCGCUGAACAUUCCGGUGUGGGUAUCACUAGCGAGGACUGCAGCCUAUCUUACCUGCCGCUGGCCCACGUGUUUGAGCGCGGGAUUCAGGUGAUCUUCUUCACGGAGGGAGCGCGCCUCGGCUUCUCUUCCGGCGAUAUCAAGCUCCUCACGGAUGAUCUGCAGACGCUCAAACCUACGGUGUUCCCGACCGUUCCACGGCUUCUCAAUCGGAUUUACGACAAGGUUAUUUCAGGUGUGCAGUCAAGUACAAUAAAAUCCACACUGUUUUCAAUGGCUUGCAGCGCAAAAGAGAGUGAAAUAAAAAGGCGAGUUAUCCGGAAGAACAGCAUAUGGGACAAGUUAGUUUUCGGUAAAAUACAGACCCUUCUUGGCGGUAAUGUCAGGCUGGUUUUCACAGCAUCCGCUCCACUGGAACCUAAAGUGCUCAACUUCACUAGAUGCGCAUUCGGGUGUGUUGUAGUUGAAGGGUACGGCCAGACGGAAAACACGGCUGGUAUUUGCUUCAACAUUCCGGGGGAACAUGAAGCCGGUCACGUUGGUCCGCCGUUGCCAUGCAACAUCGUGAAGCUGGUAGAUGUUCCGGAAAUGGACUACUACUCAAAUGACGACAAAGGCGAGAUUGUAUGCAAGGGCCCGAGCGUGUUCAAGGGUUACUUCAAGAACGAGGAGAAGACCAAAGAGGCCCUUGAUGACGAAGGCUGGCUACACACGGGAGACAUUGGCCAGUGGCUUCCCAACGGAACGCUCAAGAUCAUAGACCGCAAGAAGAACAUAUUCAAGUUGUCACAGGGCGAGUACGUGGCGGCAGAGAAAGUGGAGAACACGUACAUGCGCAGCAAAUACGUGGCACAAGCCUUUGUGGAGGGUGACAGCUACCAGCCCUACCUGAUGGGAGUAAUGGUGCCUGACGAGGAAGUCAUCCAGGAAUGGGCCAAGACUAAGGGGUUCGGCGGUAACUUUAAGGAGUUAUGCGCCCGACAGGACCUUAAAGAGAUAAUUCUCAAAGAUAUCAACAUCAUUGCAAAGGCAGCAGGACUCAAGGGGUUUGAAAUGGUUCGUGACAUUGUACUGUACCCAGAGCUAUUCAGCGUUCAGAACGGAUUGCUCACGCCGACAUUCAAGAACAAGCGACCACAGCUUAGAAAGUUCUUCAGUAGCCAAAUACAGGAACUGUAUGCGAAACACGCGGGCGGCUCUUAGAAUUCCAAAUGAAACAUGCGGGGACUUCUAAGAAUGCCAAAUGAAAUCGACUGUGAAAUUGUAAUACAUCGACUUGUCAAGUUUGUUGUUAAGACUGUGAGUCGCCUUUUUGAAAGAUCACAAUCAACGGCAUUUUAUUUAGAAUGCCAAACAGCGUGAACUUUAUGUUUGUUCAGUUCAUAAGCUUCUAGGUGCUAUUUUCAUUUGCAUUUAAAAUACAAACAUAAGUUUAGAGUAAUAAACACAGAAGACGCAGUAAUCUGUGUCACAAAAUUGACAUUUAAACAUAUUCGGUAAAUCCAGGGUAUUUGUAGUUUACCAAUAAAAUUAGUUUUUUUUUAAA